CGAGAAUUUACGGUAGAAUAAAGCCCAAGAUGGCGUCAUUUGCAGAUAAAUUUCGUGACAAUGGCUGCGUUCCAGACGUUGUGGACACUGUCCCUUCGGCCCAAGCUCAAGUAGUUUAUAACGGCAAAGAGGUCGAGUGUGGAGCUGUCUUUACGCCCACGCAAGUGCAAAACCCUCCACAAAUAACUUGGCCAGCAGAAUCAGGCGCACUGUACACUCUGAUAAUGACUGAUCCAGAUGCGCCAAGUAGGACUGAUAAUAAGUUUGCCGAGUGGCGUCAUUGGUUAGUGUAUAACAUACAAGGAUCUGAUGUUAGCACUGGAAGCACACUGUGUGAAUAUAUUGGGUCUGGACCACCUAAAGGAACCGGACUCCAUCGCUACAUAUUCUUAGUUUUCAAACAGCCUGGUUCCAUCACACCAGAUGAGCCAAGACUCGGUCUCAGUACAAAGGAUCGCAACAAUACAAAAGCACGCGAUUUUGUGAGCAAGUACAACCUAACCGGUCCAAUUGCUGGAAACAUGUACCAAGCAGAAUGGGAUGAUUAUGUACCAAAGCUAUACGCUUCACUGAACUAAUUUAUUUUUGUGAUGGAUAGUCUAAAAUUUAGUCAUUUUUUGGUGAUUUUCCAGUUUUUUGUUAUUAUUUUUAAAAGUGUAGAUUGUCAUAAUAUUAUCUUGCUACAGUGUCAUGAGAUAUCUAUCAUGGGCUUUUCGUGACUACUCAAUCUUAA